UACAGACACGCUAUCCGUGCUUAAUAAACCAAACAACAAUGAAAGUGAAACGCUUGAACACAAAAAGCUCAACACAAAUUUCAUAUUUGGAAGGGAAGCUAUGAUGAAAUCAGAGUCUUCGGUAGGCAAGAGACUAGAAGGUAAGGUAGCGUUGAUAACCGGUGGCGCUAGUGGCAUCGGAGAGAGCACGACAAGGGUGUUCAUCAAACAUGGAGCCAAGGUUUUAGUUGCCGAUAUCCAAGACGAAUUAGGCCAAUCCCUCUGCAAACACCUUGGAACCCCGGAAACCAUCAGCUACAUCCACUGUGAUGUAACAUCUGAAUCCGAUGUUCAAAAUGCCGUGGACCUCGCGGUCUCUAAGUACGGAAAGCUAGAUAUCAUGUUCAACAACGCCGGCAUUUCCGGUGACCCGGAACCGAGUGCCGUAGCUUCGAACAUCCACAACUUCAAGAGGGUGUUCGAUGUGAACGUGUUGGGUGGAUUCUUGGGGGCUAAGCAUGCUGCUAGAGUCAUGGUACCAGCCAAGAAAGGGUGCAUUCUCUUCACCGCCAGUAUAGUUUCAAAGAUAUACAUGGGACUUUCUCAUGCAUACACCACAUCAAAGCAUGCUGUUGUGGGGUUGACCGAAAGCUUAGCCGUGGAGUUAGGUGAGUAUGGGAUUAGAGUUAAUUGCAUUUCUCCUUAUGCAAUUGUUACUCCGUCGUUCCAAAAGGCCUCUGGGAUUUCGAAUUUGGAGAAGGUGGAGGAGAUGUUGUCUGCCGCAGGAGUACUGAGAGGAGCCAUAUUGGAACCGAGUGAUGUUGCACAGGCCGCGCUGUUUCUGGCAAGUGACGACGCCAAGUAUCUGAACGGAGUCAACUUACCGGUCGAUGGAGGCUAUAGUCUCAACAAUCAAACAUGGAAAACUGGACUCAAAGACCGUUUACCUGAAUAAUCGUUAACACUUAUAUUCUACACUCUUACUAGUAAAUUGCGGUUUAGGAUUUAUAUAUUUGUAUGGUUAACUUGGUGGAUGCAUUUAUCCAUGUAAGCUAUGUUUACUCUGUUUCCCCCCCCC